CCCUACGACCACCCACUUAAUUUGCCAAAGUUCUGAAUAACUCCAUUACAAAACCAUUGCUCUCUCUAAAGUUUUUAUUUUUUUUUUCUGCUGAGAAAAAUGAAGCCUGUGUUUGUUGCAUUCCUUUUCGUUUCUCUUGUUCUUACUUCUUCUUUCUUUGAGGUCUCAAUGGCUGGUUCAGAUUUCUGUGACUCAAAGUGCGCGGUGAGGUGCUCAAAAGCAGGAGUGAAGGAUAGGUGCUUGAAAUACUGUGGAAUAUGCUGUGAAAAAUGCAAUUGUGUUCCAUCUGGGACUUAUGGGAACAAGCACGAGUGCCCCUGCUACAGAGACAUGAAGAACUCAAAGGGCAAACCAAAAUGCCCUUAAACUCUUUCAUUUAAUAAUAACUCUUUCAUGGACCCAUUAAAGAUUAUGAUUUGUGUCACCUUAUGAUAUAUUAGUAAUCUAUAAUAUAGAGCUUAAUAUAUAAAGGGUCCUAGCUGUAAUACAAAAGAGAGUGUUAAUAUUGUUAAUUGUUAUGGUUAUGCUUUAUUAUUAUUGUAUAUUUCCUUGUAUUAUAUAUAUGCGGUUUGGUUAAUAAUACUAUCACAAAAUUGAAGCUCUUGAUUUGAGAA